UUGUUUCUCCAUUCUAAAAUCUCAAAUAACGAACAAACUACCUAUUGUCAUCUUCGCCGGGUCGAGUUUCCAUUGUUUAUCCACCAGCUGUAGCUCGAGAUUAAGUUCCAUUCUGUCUGCAGAGGCAUAAAUUUGUUCCAUCUCCACAUAUCCGGUCCCGGAGCAAUAGAGAGGGAAGGGCGAGAUCGAGAUACAGUUUCCAUUAUUGGAGAGCUAUAACCCCCAUCAGUUCUAUACCCAGCUGACUCAUAAGCAUCGAAGCAAACAAUAUAAGUAAGGGUGACAGUUAACUUUGAAGCCCUCUUCAUUUUCAGAAAUCAAUCAAAUUCGAGGCCGGGUCAUGAAUAAUUCAUUCUGAAAAAGAAAAUUUCUUGGCAUACGUUUUUCAGCAAGUUAUAGACUGAAGCAUUACAGGAUGGUGAACGCUAUCAAAGGCCUUUUGGUCACUUGUGACGUACCAAUGGCUCAGUUUAUUACCAAUUUGAAUGCUUCAAAGCCUAGUUCUGAGAAAUUCAUCAUACAGGUGCUUGACAGCACUCACAUGUUUGUGCAGCCUAAUGCUGCUGAUCAGAUCCGCUAUCAAAUUGCUGAGUUUCGAAAUAAGAUUACCUAUGAAAAACCAGCGUAAGUUGUGUGUUGCCACUUAGUGGCGUCACAUUCUAGUGGUUUGUGGGGGAAGCAGCAUAUAUUGGAUCUUCGAUUUAAUGAAAUAGAUGUAUGAAAGAGAGAUGGCUUAAUGGUAGCAUGUAUCAAAUCGGGAUCUACGACUUAUUUCCGAGUCCUGCACUGUCAUUGAGUAAAUGUCCGUUUCUGCUAUCUGUCAAAAUCUAGCUUAUAGAACUUAGAAGCUUCUGAGGUUUCUGAUUUCAAAGAGUUUGGCAUGAAACUAGGGAAUAGAAGUAUUUUGUUUAUGCUUUAUCACUAAUUCAAAAUCACCUACAGUAUGACUAAUUUAAAUAACAUAAGCUGCUUAAUUUCAGUAUAGCUUAUUUUUGGAAA